CUGACAAAUCCUUCUGUGUACAACAUUGGAAUAAAGCAAAACAACGUUACUAAAUAUCUUGGAGGAUUCGAACCCACGUAGUUCAUGCCUUGAUAUAGUUGGAUGGGAUGUCAUGUUAUAAUCACGGCUUUUGGCGUCUUUUUAGUGUGGCAGGCAGGAGGAGGAUCUUGCACGUAAGGGAGAUUGGCCAUCCAGAAGAAAAUAUCCUCUACACACGUCGCACUAUCCAAGAUUCGAUUUCUCAAAACGAUUCGAUUAACUCAAACGUAGAAUACCUUGAUGACAGAAACAGCAUCGAUACCAGUGGUAUAAAUCAAUCAGAGAUCGGGAUCAAUACCGAGCAACAAUCAAACACCGCUGAAUCGAACCAGAGAAUCGAUUCUUCAGAGGCUGGGAUCGAAACCUCAGAUUCUUCUGAUCAUAACCAAAACCUACAGCCAACCACAGUCACCACACUGACCACUCGAGGGCCAGACAGGGGCGACAACCAAGGGGAAAACAUGGGUGAAAAUAUUUGUCUGGAGGAGAAGCUACGACAGUUUCAGAACGACAACAAAAAAGAUGAGAAAGAAGACACACGAGGGACCUACAACUCCUCUCACAUAUCCGACCUCGAGAAACAGAGGCGGAGGAAUCUCAUCUUCGACGAGGAGCGGUUCGAGGAGACGUUCCUCAAGUGCCUGAUCUGCCGGGAGGUCUACAACGAGUACGACAAACUCCCCAAGAUGCUCCACUGCCACCACACCUUCUGCAUGGACUGCCUGUUCCAGAUGUACCGGGUGGAGGGCGAGUUCCGGCAGUCGCUGACCGGCGUCUUCCGAGACCGGCCCAUGACGGUCAAGAUCCAAUGCCCGACGUGUAGAGAGGGCGUCUUGAUCUCCGAGACGGAGCUCCGCCGUCUGCCCAACGACCACACCAUCAUGGAACUGCUUUGUUUCGUCAGCCAAACCGGCAAGCAGGAGGUGCAGUACUGCACCAAACACCAGAUGCAGCCGUUGAACUUUUUCUGCGAGCCGUGCGUCAUGCCCGUCUGCUGCGACUGUACGGUCAUCGACCACAAAGAGUCCAAAGGUCACGUGGUGGUCAACGUGGACGAGGCUAUGGAGAAGUACACGCCCAUUGUUGAAGAAACUCUCGAAGACAUCAACUCAGAAAAGGCAGACCUGGCCAUGAAGCGGGAUUCUCUUGACGGGGCCCAGAACGACUUGGAUGAAAUACAAAAAGACUUGACCAACCAAAUCCGAUCCGUCUUCGACAGCAUCCGUCAGCAACUGGACGACCGCGAGAGAGAACUCUACGACAUAGCGGACUCGGAGAUCGAGAGGAAACGAUGCGUGCUGGACAGCCACAUGAAGGUCGUGGUGGACAGAGAGAACCAGCUGGACGCCGUGUACACGGAGCUGGAGAGGGCUAAAACUGACCGGGACAUUAGUUUAAUCUUCACCGGACACAAGACUGCCCGGGACGCCCUGGCCAAGACUGUAGAGAUCCCUCUCAACACAACCAAAGGGUUUUCAGUGACGUUUCAGUUCAGCAGUCGGGCUGACUCCAGCAUCAAACAACAGGUGGGGAAUUUGGGGGAUAUUAUAUUCCAUUCUUAGGCACUAGUUCACGGGACAUUUUCUUUCAUAUAAUACUUUGUUUCAUUUUC